AUGAAUUUCAAUCGUCGUCAUGAUAUGGGAUCUAUGAGUAUGGAUAUGGCUUCAAUGACUAUGGCCAUGGCUACUUCAACAAUGGAUAUGGCAAUGGAAACUACAGCAGGUUCUAUGAAUCAUGGAGAUUCAGAAAUGAUGGGUAUGCAUAUGUGGUUUACAACUCAAUUUAAAGAUUAUCCGGUUUUAUUUAGAGAUUUAAAAGCAUCAAAUAAAGGUGAAGCUUUUGGUAUAUUUUUGUUAUUAUUUGUCGUGGCUAUUUUAUCUAGAUUGUUGGAGUUUUUAAGAAAUUAUUUAGAAGAAGUUGUUUGGUCAAAUAAAAAUUUUAUUGAAUUUGAAAAUGGUGUUGUUAGUCAUUCAGCAAAUUUACAACCUGCAUUAUCAUCACAACAAGAUCAAGUACAUUGUAGCAUGGAUAAAAAUUCAGUAGAUGAACAAGUAUCUAACUCUAUAAAUUCAAAUGAAAAUAGUGUUAAAAACAAUAAUAAUUUAUCAUUUGCAUCAAAAUUUUUCAGAGAUAUCAUUAGAUUGAUUUUAUGUAUUGUUCCAGAUUUAUUCGGUUAUGCCUUAAUGUUAGCAGCCAUGACAUAUACCUUAACAUACUUUUUUGCAGUUGUUUUAGGAUCUGGUAUAGGUAGAUUUGUGUCUGAAAGGUUAAUGGAAAGAUUUAGAUUAAAGCAAACUAGAAAUACUAGAAAUACUAAAAGUUGUUGUUGA